GUAAGCUCCGGAAUUUACAUUCAAGUUUAUAGCGCUUUAUUUUCCUAGAUCCGAGUGAUUUUCCUAAAUUCCUCCCCGUUCACCGCAAUAUACGUAAAAGAGCUUUUUAAUCUUAAUUCAAGCUUUCGUAUAAUUUGAAAAUCAUGGACACAUAUUGCCCCGCGCUCUUUGUUUUAGUUGCAAUGGUUGCAAGCGCUCAAGCCAACAUUCCCUGGGGGCAGACCUUUUCCGGCACAAAGUUGACUUAUUACGAUGACGCCGGAUACGGAGCGUGUGGUACACAGAUCAAUGCUGCGACGCAGAACCUGGUAGCCAUCAGUCACCAGUGGUACACUUCCGCCAAUCCCAACGUUGACCCCUUCUGCACCAACAACGUCUGCGUCCGCGUCACCUACAACGGCAAAUCCAUUAAAGUGCCGGUCAAGGACAAAUGCCCCAGCUGUUCCAAAACCCACUUGGAUCUGUCCAAAACUGCUUUCCAGCAGUUUGCUGCUACCUCUGUCGGUGUUCUGCAGGGAGCCACCUACUCCUUUGUCAAAUGCUAAAACCACAAAUUUUCAUGUUGCAGUUAAUACGUAUGGGGGGACGUACAAGCUUGUCCGGUAAUUUCUUACGAAUCAAUACAACGAAACACACAAUUUUACGACGUAGUGUAGUGGCAAUUGCCAUAAGGCAAACUCAGCGCUAAAUAUGUGCUGUUUGUACCUUUACGUAGGAAAUUACCGGACAAGCUUGUACACUUUAAAUAUCUUUCCAGUUGUCACGCUUCAAUUUUGUACGUAAAUUUUGUGAUUCUUUUUAUUCGCGCUUCUGCGAAACAAACAUAAAAAUUAAAGCAACGACAGACCGUGCAGACCGAAUCUUAUAACGUCCAAUUAUUAUUUUUUUAGUCACAGUAUUCUUAUGCUGUUGUUAUAAUCUACUGCACCUGUAUUGUUAUUAACGUAUGAGUUCUGCAAAAUCGGACCG